UAACAAGAGGGCAGUGCUAGAGAAGUCGAGUUUUGGUUCGUUGUUGAAGAUCAGACCAUUUUCUGUACCUCUUGAGCUGAUUGACUGGGUAGUUAUGAGAAUUGACACUAAGCAUUCUUUGUUCAGCCAUAAAAAGAAGACUAUAUUGUUCACUAGAGACAUGGUGCAAAAAAAAUUUAAUGUCCCAUCCGGACCAAGGGUAGUGGAGUUGCUGAAGAGGAACGAACGUUGCGAGCUGCGCGACAUAUAUCGAGAAGGCACAAGGGCUCCAAUUAAGAAAUCCAUUUCUGUAAUCAAGAAAGCAUCGGAUAAUGAUGUUGUUACUUUAGAGAGGACUUGGGUUCUUUUAUGCCUUGCUCUCGUGCUAGUUCCUGGCACCGGCAACAUGGUCUCGUUGGACUACCUUGCUAGCUUGAAGGACUUGGAUGAACUGAAUGAGUUUGCGUGGGACGAGCAUGUGUUGGCAACUGCGUUGAGGGAGGCGAGGAAUUACCAACUAAAGAGGGAGGCUGGGGCAAGUGGCUUCUGGAUAGGGGGCUGUCUACUAUGUUCGUGUUAAUUUACAUGGAUUUCCUGGAUGUGCCUGGGUCAUUGAUUAGUGAGGAGACGUUCAACUACUCGCUGCCCAGGGCUUGCUUUGUGUGCAAUGCAGAUUUUGAGCUUGUUAAAGAAUUUGACAGGAACAAGCUCACCCUCGAGAAGGUUGAUUUUGGAAAGCGCAAUCAUCGUCCUUUGUCUCAAACGCCAUAUGCAGUACUGAAGGCGGACAAGCAAUGUGAGGGUCAGAAUCAACAUCAUCCGGCAAAUAUCACUAAUAGAGCUGACAAAGCCAACACUCAAGUCAGUGUUGAGGGUGAUUUAGGUGCCAAGUUUCGCGUCUCUCUGGAUGAGUGGCUGCAGCCGCUCCCUUCCUGCCAAGAGUUAGAGAUACCUUUGCACUUGAAGCCUAUAUAUGAGAAGCACAAAAAUCUCUAUACGGCAGAGUUGAAGAAUGUUGUUACGUCUUUUGGGCAGGUCCUGCAGUCAACUUUCUGCAAGCGGUUGGGUCUCAUGUUGAUGGAAGCGCACUCCAAUGCAGUGUCAAACCAUGAGCACAGGAGUGAAGGUUUUGUCGCCCCAAGAGUCAUUGCAACAAGCAGUGUCGAGCGCACGGGAGCGGUGACUUUUGGCACCCCAACAGCCACUGCAGCAGGCAUUGCUAUCCACUCUUCCAAGUGUCCAUUAUCGGAUCCUGAUUCCCGGGCAGAAGCAGGUGCUGAUGAUCAGAACAAGGCACAACCUGGUGGUGUAGUUGCUGCUCCCAAAGUAGUGGAGACCGGUGCAUUAGCUGAGAAGGUUGGGGUGGAAGCGGAACAGGGGGCGGGUCAAAGCACAAGCGUUGCUAAGCGUUCCAGGGCUGCUGCAUUCAACAAGGUGAGAGUAGCAAUCAUUCUCAUGGGAAGGAUUGUGUGGAGCAGGAGGAAGUUAUACAUCAGGGCGGAAAGGUGACCCCCAAAGAUGCUUGCAACAUGGAUCCUUCGGGAGCUUCUGAUAAGGUUGAAACACCAGUUCUUUCCCAGGGCACGGUGCAGGCAAUGAUGGUAACUGCCUUGGAGUGGGAAGAUGGCCCAUCUUGUGCUCUUUUCUCGGAGGGGACCGAAGACUAUGAGUGGAUGAAUCAAAAAGUAGACAUACCAGUCAAGCAUGUGCAGACAGCAAAUGCUUCUAGCUCUGAUGUGCAGAAUUCAAUCCCAUUAGUGCCAAACUUUGACAACACUCCUCAAGUUGAAAGGCCUAGCAACCUCCCAACCGCAACAUUUGACACAGCUCCAAAGCUCCCUAGGGCAAACGACAUUCCGGGGCCUGUGUUUGAUGUGUCCCCCAUCUCAUUCAAAAACGCUUCCUCCGAUGGACCUCGAGUAGUAGUGGAUUUGCACGAGACAACCGAGGCGAAUGUUGAGGUCAGGGGUGAGUCCAACAGUCUUGGUAAACAGUCAAAGAAGAAAAGGGUGGCUGUCUCCCCAGACAAUGUGCCAACGAUGAAGAAGAUUAAGGUUGAUGCACACGGUGAUGCCUUACACCAUCAGUAUGUAAUGACCAGAUACAAGACAAGAAAACCAAAGAAAAACGAGCUUCUGCCCGACUUCAUUGAAAUAGAUGGCUUCCAUACAUCUCUCGAGAUUUUUCAUGCAUCUCUAAAGCCAAGAGCGGAGAUUGACAAUGAGGUCAUGACCUUAUACCUGAAGACAUUCAACUAUGAUCAGUCAGUGAAGAAGAAGAAGCCAAAAAAAUUUGUUUUCUCAGUGUUGAUGAGUUUGAAACUCAGUGCUGAGCCAGAUGUGUUUGAUCCGAAGGUGUGCGAAAAAGAAUUUAAGAAUGCUUGCUUACAAAAUCACAUUUCAAAAUCUGACCUGCUAUUCUUCAUGGUUGUACACAAAAGGCACUGGGCAGUAGUAGUUGUUAACAUCACCCAAAAGGAGUUCAAUAUCUUUGACUCCAUUAGGAACUCGGAAGACCUUUUUGAGAUGGACAGGAUCACUAAGAAUGUGGUAAUGCUCCUGUUGGAGUUUGGCGCAACAAAUCUUUUCCUUCUUUUUGCUUUUCCACACCGCACACUUAUGCAUUUUGUUUGUCCAUGUUUUAUCGGGUUUGAUCAGGUCGCAAACAUCAAGAGUGUUGCAAUGAGGGAGCCACUUUUUAAGCACAAUCUCGAGUCUUACUCGCUAUUCACCCCACUUGAUUACCCUCAACAAAAAACUUACUAUAACUGUGGCUACUAUAGUAUUUUAUACGUGGAGAAUUGGGAUGGCCUUGUUAUGCUGUCAUUUGGCGAGGAUUACAUCCCAAACCUUCGGAAACGCAUUGCAGCAGAUCUGUUGAGACACCCAAGCAACAAGUUGGACCCCGCGCAUCAGCUGAAGCUGCUUCUUCAGCGUUAGAUGGGUGUUUUCGAGCUUCUGCAACAGGAGGAGUCAUGGCGGCGGUGGCCUAGUACUGCUGACGCGAGUUAUUGUAGCUAGCUAGAGUGUAGUUGGGAGCAUGUUCUUGUCGCCAGCUCGAGUGUAGUUGAGAGCUUGUUCUUCUAGCCAGCUCAACUGAACUUUUUUCACAAUGCAACUCUGAAUGAAGCACAUGAAUGUUUCAGUGUGUGACUGCAUGCAAGGAUUUGUUUUUUGUGAAGCCUAUUCAAGAUUGUUUGUCAGCUUAUGCAAGGAUUAUUUGUUUUUUACUUGCCUUUUCAAGAAGAUUGUUGAUAUACUUUGA